UAUUACGCUGAUGCACAGCUUAUCUAGAGCGCUGUAUAUAUACACACAUGUUUAUGGUACAUAUGCAGUAUUGUUUAUUUGAUUUCAGAAUUCAGGAAGUGGCGGUGGACCACCACCUAUGAUGAGACCACCAGCUCCUUUUCCUGUUCAUAUGAGCAGCCCAGGCUACAUGCCACCUAUGGGUCCAGGUGACGGUGGAAUGCCCCCUAUGAUGCCACCUUCUGCUCCCCCAGGUUUCCCUGGUGCUGUUUACCCUCCCAUGAUGGGAAUGCCACCUGUGGGCCCAGGAGGAUAUCCCAUGAACCCUCAGAUGGGAGGCAUGCAGAACAACUCUGCCCAGUCGGAACAGAAACCUGAAAAGAAGUCUCCCUGGACUGAACACAAGGCUCCCGAUGGCCGCACAUAUUACUACAACCAGGUAUCUAAACAGUCCAGCUGGGAGAAACCUAAAGACCUUCAAACUGAUACAGAGUUGUUGUUGUCUCGGUGCCCAUGGAAGGAGUACAAGUCAGACACAGGCAAGGUGUAUUACCACAACUCUGUCACCAAGGAAUCUCGCUGGACCAAGCCUAAAGAACUUGAGGAAUUGGAAGCAAGUAUUGCCAAGCAAAGGGAGGCUGAAAAAGGAAGCGGUGAUGCCACGGAAGAGGCUCCAAAAGUGGAAGCUGCAAAGCCCCUAUCAACCAUAGAACAGGCGAUGCAAGCCACACUUGCCAGUAUAGAGCUACCUCCCCCACCCACCGCCGUGGCAGCGCAGGUCAAACAACCCGAAAAAGAGAGCUCGGAGAGCAGUAGUUCUGAAUCCGAGGAAGAAAAGCCGCAACAGAAGAAACAGAUGCCAUUAAAGUUCAGGAACAAGAAGGAGGCCAUGGAUGCUUUCAAAGCUCUGCUGAAAGAAAAGAAAGUCCCAUCGACUGCAUCAUGGGAGAAUGCAAUGAAGCUGAUAGUGAACGACCCCAGGUACGGAGCUCUGAAGCACCUCAACGAGAGGAAACAGGCAUUCAAUGAGUACAAGACACAGCGGGUCAAGGAGGAGAAGGAAGAGGCACGUCUGCGAGCCAAGCAGGCCAAGGAAGACCUGGAGAAGUUCCUGUUGAGGCACGAGAAAAUGACGUCUGCUGUGAAAUACUGGAAAGCUGACAGCAUGUUCUCUGACUAUGAAGAAUGGCAGUCAGUGCAUGACCGGGACAGACGAGAUCUCUUUGAUGAUGUGAUCCAUAUGCUGGAGAAACGAGAAAAGGAGGAGGCUAAGACUUUGAGAAAGCGCAACAUUAAGGUGUUCAGUGAGAUCCUGGACUCGAUGCCCAACCUGACAUACGGUACCACGUGGUCCGAGGCCCAGCAGAUGUUACUGGACAACCCACGCUUCACAGAGGACCCAGAUCUGCAGAACAUGGACAAAGAGGACGCGCUGGUCUGUUUUGAGGAGCACAUACGGAUGCUCGAGCAGGAGAAUGACGACGAGAAGGAACGAGAAAGACGACGCGUCAAACGUCAGCAGCGGAAAAAUCGUGAGGGCUUUCUCGUGCUGCUUGAUGAACUUCACGAGCAGGGCAGACUGAACUCCAUGUCGCUCUGGAUGGACCUAUUCCACAUCGUCAGCUCAGACCUCCGCUUUCAGCAGAUGCUUGGUCAGCCGGGAUCUACUCCGCUGGACUUGUUCAAGUUUUAUGUGGAGGAUCUCAAAGCCAGGUUCCAUGAUGAGAAGAAAAUCGUGAAGGAAAUUUUAAGGGACAAAGGGUUUUUCAUUGAAGUGAACACGUCGUUUGAAGACUUCUCCAAUAUAAUUGCUGACGACAGGCGGGCAAACACUCUGGACACUGGAAACAUCAAACUCACAUACAACAGCUUGAUAGAAAAAGCCGAGGCUCGUGAAAAAGACCGAUUGAAGGAGGAGGCUCGCAAACUUCGGAAGCUCGAGACAUCGUUUAAAAACAUGCUGGGAGAUGCAGACCCUCCGAUAGAGGAGAACCAGAAAUGGGAAGAGAUUCGCCCUCGAUUUGAGAGCAAGCCAGCCUUUGAGGCCAUCAGCCUGGAGUCAGAGAGACAGCGUCUCUACAAGGAGUUCCAGGUUGCCAUGGAAGAGGCCUGCGUGCACCUGCCCAAACACUCGCGCAAGAAGAAGUCCAAGAAACACAAAGGGCGACGGUCAAGAUCGCGUUCAAAAUCUGUUGAUUAUUCAGAUGAAGAUGCAAGUUCACGACAUAAAUCAAAGAAGAGUAAGAAGACGAGAUCUCGAUCUGCAAGUGUAUCCCAUUCUGAAGCAGAGAAAGAAGACAAAUCCUCGAGGAAACACAAGAAGAAGACCAAGAAGAAGAAGUACAAAGGAGGGAGCGGCUAUUCGUCAGAGGGUGACAUGAGUGCUGAUGAACUUGAAAAACAGCGCCGACUGUUGCUGCAACAGCUUGAAGCAGACCAUGCAUAGUGUAUCACUCAUAAGGAUCUGUUCUUUAAUUAUGAUCCCCCAAACAAUUUUGGGGGGAGCAUAUAGUCGCCGCUUCGUUUGUCCGUCCGUGUGUCCGUCCGUGCACAAUUUUUGUCCGGGCUAUUUCUCAGCAACUUAUGACCGAAAUUCAAUGAAACUAUAUGGGAAGCUUCACUACCAAGAGGAGACGUGCAUAAAAUCAGCGGGUUCUGGUCGGAUGAUUUUUCACACAGUUAUGGCCCUUUGAAAUUUUCCAUUAACUGUACAUAUAGUGCAAUUCUUGUCCGGGCUAUUUCUCAGCAACUAAUGACCGGAAUUCAAUGAAACUUUAUGGGAAGCUUCACUACCAAGAGAGAUGUGCAUAUUAUCAGCGGGUUCUGGUCGGAUGAUUUUUCACAGAGUUAUGGCCCUUUGAAAUUUUCCUUUAACUUUACAUAUGGUUCAAUUCUUGUCCGGCUAUUUCUCAGCAACUAAUGACCAGAAUUCAAUGACACUUUAUGGGAAGCUUCACUACCAAGAGGAGAGUUAUGUCCCUUUGAAAUUUUAUAUAAAAAAUUCUUGUCCCACCCAACUACUGUGCCCUCAAGACAUUUCCUUUUAUCUGAAUAUAUAGUGCAAUAUUGUGAAAAAAAACAAACUUUCGGGAGCAUCACCCGUCCCCGACGGUUUCUUGUAUUGUAUUAUUUAUCAUUCAUUGUUCAUAGGCAUACAAAAUAUUGUUUGUAAAAGAUUUCCCCCACAAAAACACAAAUUCAUAAUUGAAUCUUUGCUGAUAUUUUUGUUUACAAAUAUUACCAGUAUUGUUUACAAAGAUUACCAGUAUUUUUCUGUGUGUCAUAACUUUAUAUCACUGUUAAAGAUAAAUUUGUUAAAAAAAUGAGUGCUUAGAUAUAUUAAAAGGUGUUAAAAUCUUAAAUUCAUAUGUGAAAUUUCAAUGAAGAUAUAUUAUUAUUACCUUGUAUUUUUUGCUCGGCGUUUUCGGAGAAAACCCGAGGUAUUGUCAUAGCCAGCUCGUCUUCCGCCGUAGGCGUCGUGCAUAAACCUUAACAUUGGCUCUAAAAUCAAAGUGCUUCCACCUACAACUUUGAAACUUCAUAUGUAGAUUCACCUUGAUAAGUUCUACACGCCACACCCAUUUUGGGGUCACUAGGUCAAAGGUCAUAGUGACCUCUAAAAAAAAAACAAAAAAAAUCUGACAAGCAUCCGUAGCCGAGCGUGGCACCAGUUAUGCGAUGCUCUUGUUUUGUAUGUUGGUAUCAUGAAAUAUAGACACGUCAUUAAAGCUUUCGAAGCAGAGCUGAGUUGUCCUCUCAUUUAAAUUUGCAUAAUUUUGGGAAAAAGCGGAUUAAUGCAAGAGCGUAUAGUUUCCACCCAGAUUAGCCUGUGCAGUCCUCGAAGGCUUAUCAUGGCUUUUAUGGAAUUAUUCUUUGAAAGGAAGUCUCUAAUAAACUAAAAUUCAGUUUAAGAAGAAAGUGUCAUCCAUUUGCAGUCUGCGGCAAAACUUCAUGCACAUCCAUUAAGCUGGGAUUGUAUGAGAGUAUUAAUAGCUUUACAACAGAUCAGCCUUUCCAUUUUUAGCUCGGCUGUUUUCGGAGAAAACCCGAUGUAUUGUCAUAGCCAGCUUGCCGUCCGGCGUCUGCUGUCUGCUGUUGGCGUCGUGCUUAAACCUUAACAUAGGCUCUAAAACUAAAGUGCUUCCACAUACAACUUUGAAACUUUGAACUCUGAAACAUAUGUAGAUGCACCUUGAUUAGUUCUACACGCCACACCCAUUUUUGGGUCACUAGGUUAAAGGUCAAGGUCACUUCUGACAAGCUUUCAUUUAUUCAAAACUGCUCACACAGCCUAGCCUUGGCACCCGGUAUGCGGUGCUCUUGUUUUAAAGUAUUCAUGCUAGAGCAUUUGUAAACAAAUAUGGAUGACUGAUGUCAAUUUGUAUGGCGUUUGUAUCAGAAUUGUUUCUGCUCCAUCUGUCAACUGAGAAACACAUUUGUUCUUGUGCGUUGAAUUUUGGAUCAUUGCAUCCAUUGGAACAUUAUGCAUUAAAUUGUGAAUACAUGUUAUUACAGGU